UUUAAUUUACUAGUUGAACCUACAAUUUCAUGUGACUCUGUUUAUGCACGUAUUUAACUUAACUUAACAACUUAAUUUAAUUUAAGAGUUCGUCAACUUUUAUCUCUUAAGAUAAAUUUUUAGGUGAAAAUCGUAGUGCGCAUACGCGUACUGAUUCGUAAAUGCGAUUCAUACCGAGAAUUUAAAUAAUGUUCCCGCGCCGCUAAAUUUAAAUACUGGCGUUUACCGCGUUUUUAUUUUGUUUAGUAUAUUUUGCGUGACCUUCAAAGCAGAGGGUAGGUAUUAUAUAUUUGCAGACACCAUAAAAUGUGCACUUGUUAUUUUUCCAACAUUUGGCUAAUAGACAUGGAGGACGCCACUUUAAUUGAACUUGUAGAACAAUUUGAAGUGUUGUACAACAGGCGGCAUAAAGACUUUAAAAAUAAGCUGGUGAGGGAGAAUGCCUGGAAAUCCAUCGCGGCGAUAUUUAAUGAUACACCCGAGAAUGUCGAAAACAGAUGGAAUAGUUUGCGUAACCGAUAUGCAGCAGAAUUGCGGAAGACAAAAACAAUUCCAUCUGGUUCGGGGGCUCAAACAGUGUGGAUACACAUGUCUGCAAUGAAUUUCAUAAACGCACACAUAGUGCCACGAAGGAGCACUGUUUCCAAUGUGAAAGCGACAUGCUCUGGAACCAUUUCCGGUACGGAAACAGGCCCAUCGUGUUCCAGAGCAUCAAAUGUCUGGGACACGAUGAGUGUAUUAACGGAAAAGUCAGAGGACGAGGGGGCCGAAUCAGGUGUGUCAGAGUCGUCGGUGUAUUCGACACAGGAUGAUCCACCGGCUGAUGAACUGGCUACCCAGGUUACCGAACCUGUAGCUGUUUCACAUAAACGCAAAGCUGGCCAGCUACGACAAAGGGUGUCAAAAAAAGUACACAGUGAUGUGGAUGAUAUCCUCGUAGAGACCAUACAAAAAGCAAAUGUCAUAUUAGAUACUCAAAAAAGUGAAGAGGAGUUAUUUUGUGAAAGCCUUGCAAAAUCUUUACAACAAAUUCAAUGUCCACGAAAGAAAAUGAGAGCAAAAAUUGAAAUUAUGCAGGUGGUGGAACAAUACUUAUAA